GUCAGUUGUCACAAUUCUGUCACGGGAUUUGCUAUUCAUUCUUUCCAUGGUGCUGGAAUCAUAUAUUUGCUGGUUUGUUUCUCAGUAACUGAUAAAAAUGGCGACUCAGCUGAAGGUCAAUAGUAAGGUGCUCACUGGAGAUGUUACUGAUCAAGCAAGUUGGAUUAAAAAGAUUGGGGCAAGGGCACACAUGAGGGCCAUUGGAUUCAAGGAUGAAGAUUUUGUGAAACCCUUGAUAACUGUGGCUUGCCCCUAUAUCAAUGUAAUACCAUGCAACUUUCACUUCAGGGAGCUUGCAGAUCUUGUGAUAGAGGCUGUCGAAGAAGAAGGAGGAAAAGCUGUCCUAUGCUGCACACCUGUCAUAAGUGAUGCUAUGACCAUGGGAACAAGUGGUAUGAAGUAUUCCCUAAUAUCAAGGGACUGGAUUACUGAUUGUAUUGAAAUCACGCAUGCUGGAUACACUGGGGAUGGCAUGAUCUGCCUUGCUGGCUGUGACAAGACAAUUCCUGGUGUCACCAUGGCUUUACCCAGGCUUGAUGCAUGUGGUGUUGUUAUUUAUGGAGGAACAAUGCUUCCUGGAUGUGGAAAGAAACAUACAAAUCUGAGUGCUGGGAGUCCUUUUGAGGCACUUGGCUCAUAUAGUGCAGGCUUGAUGGACAUUGAAGAUUUGAAGGAUAUUGAGUGUCAUGCAAUACCUGGUGCUGGAGCCUGUGGUGGUAUGUUCACUGCCAACACCAUGUCAUCUGUCGUAGAAACUCUUGGCUUGUCAUUACCAGGUAGUGCUUCUGGUGUUGCUGUAGAUGGGGAAAACAAGGUGAUAUCAGCUAAGAAGAGGGAAGUCAAAGAGGCUGUGAGGGCGUUGUUUUCUUUGAUGAAAUCAGGAAAAACUGCAAAAAAUAUUUUGAGCAGGAAGGCUUUCGAAAAUGCUGUAACAGUUAUGUACGCUUUAGGUGGAUCAACUAAUGGAGUUCUUCAUUUACUAGCUCUCGCCCAUGAAUCUGAAGUAGAAUUUUGCAUCGAAGAUUUUAAUAAGGUUGGAGGAAAGGUUCCACUGAUAGCAAAUGUUAAACCACAUGGUAAGUAUCAAAUGGCUGAUUUGGACAAGAUUGGAGGUCUUCCGGACGUAGUGUUUCCAAUUUCAUCUCCAGUGGCGCCAGCUGGCAGACACAUCUUGAUUUUAAAGGGGAAUCUUGCUCCUGAGAGCGCUGUACUUAAAUUAAGUGGAAAGGAUAUAGCUGGAGUGUUUCGAGGUCCGGCAGUGGUAUUUGAUGGAGAGGAGCAAGCAUUUCAAAGUGUCAUGAAGGGAAAAAUCAAAGCCGGCGAUGUACUGGUCAUUCGAUAUGAAGGUCCACGAGGUAGUCCAGGGAUGCCAGAAAUGCUGGUCCCCAGCGGUGCCCUGGUUGGCGCAGGACUGGGAAAGAAAGUAGCAUUGGUAACAGACGGACGAUUCAGCGGUGCUUCCCAUGGUAUCAUGAUCGGUCACGUGUCACCUGAAGCUCAGGUCGGAGGUCCAAUAGGGUUGAUACAGGACGGUGAUAUCAUAGUAAUAGACCAGGAAAAUGCAACUUUGCAUGUGGAACUCACAGAUGACGUGCUGCGCGAGCGAAAGUUAAGAUGGCAACCACCGCCCAGAAGGCUCACGGGACUACUUCAGAAGUACUCCAGAGUAGUUUCCAGUGCUCAUGCGGGAGCCGUUACUCACUAAUCAACAAAAUAUAGGGAUCUAAUUAAAAUUUUUAGAAAAAUAAUGGCUAAUCUUGAUGUAAUGAAAAAUGAUUAUGAUGGUAGUAAAAACCUGUCAAGAAUUAAGAAAACAAUAAAUGAACAAACAAACGCAGGAGCCCAUUAGGAUUGGAAUGCAAUUAGAUUGCAAAGUUCUCGUGAAUAUCUAUCAGAAAAGACUCUUUGAAGGAACACAUUUUCUCGUUUGCAGUUUGUCUAGAAACGAUUCUUACGCAUAAAAUAGGACCGUAUUUGUACAUCCGUUUUAAAGCUAUUAUUUUACGUAGGGAAUGUACUUAUGUUACUUAAAUAGUUAUUAAAAUUCAAUUACUUUGGAGGAA